GGGAGCGGCCACGGAAGCGCCCCCGCAUCCCCCAGGGGGCGCUGUGGGCGUCUCCGCCGCAAUGCCGGCGGCAUCCCCGGGGAGGAGCCUCUCCUGCAGCCGCUGCCGCCUCUGCGAUAGCAAACCCGGAAGACGCCUCCAGCAGCUGGACUGUGCGGCUGGCCGGGAAAGGCCAUGCAGCCCCUGGAGGUAGGUCUGGUUCCCGCUCCAGCGAGGGAGUCCAGACUGACCCGCUGGCUGCGGAGAGGCAGUGGGAUCUUGGCGCACCUGGUAGCUUUGGGCUUCACCAUCUUUCUGAUUGCGCUGUCCCGGCCAGGAACCAGUCUUUUCUCCUGGCAUCCAGUAUUCAUGGCCUUGGCGUUCUGCCUCUGCAUGGCUGAGGCCAUCCUAAUCUUCUCACCGGAGCACUCCCCAUUGCUCUUCUGUUCCCGAAAGGCCUGGAUCCGGCUCCACUGGGCAGGACAGACCCUAACCAUCCUUUGUGCUGCCCUAGGCCUGGGCUUCAUCAUCUCCAGCAAGAUCCGCAGUGAGCUGCCCCAUCUGGUGUCCUGGCACAGCUGGGUAGGAGUUCUGACGCUGCUGGCCACUGGUGCCCAGGCACUGUGUGGGCUCUGCCUACUUUUUCCCCGAGCAGCCAGGGUCUCGAGGGUGGCUCGCCUCAAGCUCUACCACUUGACAUGUGGACUGGUGGUCUACCUGAUGGCAACUGGAACAGUGCUCCUGGGAAUGUACUCAGUAUGGUUCCAGGCCCAGAUCAAAGGUGCAGCCUGGUACCUGUGCCUGGCACUGCCCCUCUACCCAGCCCUGGUGAUCAUGCACCAGAUUUCCAGAUCCUACUUGCCAAGGAAGAAAAUGGAAAUGUGAAUGCCUCCAAACUGAAUUUAGUAGGGAUACUUGCCUUUGAUUUCAGUGGCUCCUUGGUGAACUUCAAGGGACUGAUUUCACAAGUGGUUAGAUUUUUGUAUUUCAUAAGUGGGCCUGGGGCUGCAGAAA